CAAAAUGUGCCGAAUCGCGGUGAGCCUUGCCAGAAAUAGCCAUUAUUUUUGCGAGUGCAGUUUGUGAAAAACACGCGCACCUCGUCAGCAAAUUUCCGUUUCUUGUGCGUGACGCAGUGAUACUUAUUUCAUUUAUAAUAUUCCAUUGGAUUCAACUACGACUUUCAUCAGGCAUUUUUAGUCUGUGAGCAAACAUGGCGGGCGCAAUGUUAUUCGAACGUGCACAAUCAGUUUCCGACGGAAAACGCGAGAAAGAUCUCGAGCUAUUGAAGAAAAUCAAGCUCGGCGAAGAUGCCGACGACAACGAAGAGGAAAUUCGCACCAAGGAGCAGGACAUCCUCAACCUUGGUGAGCAAUAUCGCAAGGAGGGCAAGGCAAAGGAGCUCGCCGAAUUGAUCAAGGCGACCCGGCCUUUCUUGUCCCUCAUCUCAAAAGCUAAAGCCGCCAAGCUUGUGCGCUCCUUGGUUGACUUCUUCCUGGACCUGGAGGCAGGCAUCGGGAUCGAAGUCCAGCUAUGUAAGGAGUGUAUUGAAUGGGCAAAGGAGGAGCGCCGGACUUUCCUACGACAAUCUUUAGAAGCGCGUCUCAUUGCCCUGUACUUCGACACUGGCAUGUUUUCUGAAGCGCUGACUCUAGGCUCCAUCCUCCUGAAAGAACUGAAGAAGUUAGAUGACAAGAACCUGCUGGUUGAGGUGCAACUUUUGGAGAGUAAGACUUAUCAUGCACUCAGCAAUUUGCCGAAAGCGCGCGCCGCGUUGACUUCAGCUCGCACCACGGCGAAUUCGAUUUAUUGUCCGCCGAAAAUGCAGGCGUCACUCGAUCUGCAAUCCGGCAUCCUGCACGCCGCUGACGAGAAGGACUUCAAGACUGCAUACUCGUACUUUUACGAAGCGUUUGAGGGCUACGACAGCGUCGAAGCGCCGAAGGCGCUCACCGCGUUGAAAUACAUGCUGUUAUCGAAGAUUAUGCUCAACCAGCCGGAGGACGUCCAGCAAAUCAUCUCCGGCAAGCUGGCGAUUAAGUACGCCGGCAAGGACAUCGAUGCGAUGAAGAGCGUCGCGCAGGCCUCGCAUAAACGAUCGCUCGCCGAUUUUCAAAUUGGCGUCAAGCAGUUCAAGCACGAGCUGGAGGACGAUGUUAUCGUGCGGGCGCAUCUCGGUACGCUCUACGAUAACAUGCUGGAGCAGAAUUUGUGCCGCAUCAUUGAGCCCUACAGUCGGGUGCAGGUGGAUUAUAUUGCCAAGACCAUCAAGCUGCCCAUGCCCCAGGUUGAGAAGAAGUUGUCUCAGAUGAUUUUAGAUGCGAAAUUUCAUGGCAUUUUGGAUCAGGGUGAAGGUGUGCUGAUUGUUUUUGAAGAAACCCCCGUAGAUAAAACUUACGAAAUGGCAUUAGAGACGAUACAAAGCAUGAGCAAGGUGGUCGACACCCUAUAUCAAAAGGCGAAGAAGCUGUCAUAGGUGUCCGAGUGUUCGGAUAAAUUUAAAUUACUAAUUCUUAAUAUUACUAUAGAGGGACGCCGAGAAAUCGGCGAGGAGCGGAGCAGUUGGCGAUUGGACGAAGCGCAGAGAAUUGAAAUUUACUAUCUACUGAAAAACAAAACACCUUCUGAACUCAUAAACUAAACCUACUAAUUAAACUGUUUCUGAUUGUACGUAUUACAGACUUGGAAUUUAAUGGAAUUCAUUUUUGUUGGUUUCGCAUUGAAUUUUCGAUCGAAAUUGUACGUCUUGUUUCUUUGUCCUCCUAGGGAUGUAUCAUUUAUUUUCUGUAAUUUUGCAAUUUGUUUUGUUUCACCGAUGCAAGUAAUAGCCGUGGCUGUACAUAUUUGAGAAUAAGAACUGUGUUGUUUUGGGAAAAAAAAUGAAACAAAUUGAAAAAAUAUACUUAUGUACUUUACGAGUU